UUGUCUCUCUCUGCAGCUGGUUUGACGCACCGCACCGCCCCUGCCGCUCCAGCUGUUCCGACCGCUGUCCGCCUGCUGUCUCCCAGCAGGUCGCUGCUUGCUGCUGCUGCCUGCCCUCAUUUCCAAUGCAGCAACGACCAUGACAGGCAUCGCCGCUGCUUCUUUCUUUUCCAACGCUUGCAGGUUCGGGGGCUGCGGACUACACUUCGACUCUCUGGCCGAGCUAAUCGUGCACAUCGAGGAUAACCACAUCGACACAGACCCCCGACUUCUGGAGAAGCAGGAGCAGCAGCAGCCGACAUAUGUUGCCCUCAGCUACAUCAACAGGUUCAUGACAGAUGCUGCGCGGCGAGAAAACGAGACCCUAAAGAAGAAGGUACAGCCCAAGUUGUCUCUGUCUCUGACAGGCAGUCUGUCUCGCAGCAGUGUUUCCACUCCGCCUCGCCACACCAGUGGAAACCUCACCCCUCCAGUCACUCCCCCCAUCACCCCUUCCUCUUCCUUCCGCAGCAGUACGCCUACAGGUAGCGAGUGUGAUGAAGAGGAGGUAGACUUUGAGGAGUCUGACAGUGAUGAGUCGUGGACCACAGAGAGCGCUAUCAGCUCCGAGUCCAUCCUCAGUUCCAUGUGCAUGAACGGGGGAGACGAGAAGCCUUUUGCUUGCCCAGUGCCAGGCUGUAAAAAGAGAUACAAGAAUGUGAACGGGAUCAAGUAUCAUGCCAAGAAUGGCCACCGAACCCAGAUAAGGGUGCGCAAACCCUUCAAGUGCCGGUGUGGGAAGAGCUACAAAACGUCUCAGGGUCUCCGCCACCACACCAUCAACUUCCACCCACCCAUCUCUACUGACAUCAUCCGCAAGAUGCAGCAGUAGAGACCGAGUGAGCGACCAGCACUCUCCCUCAGGCCACUUCCCAAUCAUCUGAACACCACCAUCACCAGCAAUGGCUGUCUCCCCCCCCCCCCCCCCCCCCCCCCCCCCUUUUAUUUCUCUAUUUCUUAUCUCAUUUUGCUAUAACACUAUUUUUGAUUGCAUGGUAUAAAUGUGUUAUUAUUCAUCCUUAACUUUUAUUCUGAAUGUUAAAUCUUUAUAUAGUUCAAAGUUUUGUAUUUUGCACAUUUAGGCUAUCAUUUAUCUAUUUCACUUUUUAGACAUAUGGUGCUCGUUGAUGAUGAGGGCUUCUUGUAGACCAGAGAACGGCCACACCAAGUCACGAGUAGCCUUGCAUGUACAGUAGGGCUUUUGUAAUGGCAGUGUGAAGUCAGAGGAAACUGAGGUAAGAUCAUGAUGUUUUUUUAGAGAAAGGACAUUACCUUGCCACUGUCUCAUUCUCCUAAAAAUGUUACGGAGGCAAAUGAAAACAAUCAGAAUGUGUAUCAUCAUCAGAUUUAAUAUUAUGAAUCAGUUUUUUUUCAUUUGGUUUCCUUUUCAUUCAUAUCAAGUAUUCCAAACCUUUUUUCAUCUGUUUGACUGCAAACGCUUAUGUUGGAGCACCAAAGGAUGAUCUCAGGUGACGUUUUCAAGCAUUUCAGCACCAGAAUCCUACCCAAGUGUUCCAAUAGUAUUUCUGCUGUUCAGUGGGAUCAUGGGAACUCUUGUGUGUCAUUCAUUGUUGCCUAAUGUUCUCGGCCACUUUCUGAAGACUAAAGCCGUUUUCCUUGCUGUUUUACAGUGAAGUAUUGAAGCACUUUUUGUAACAAGUUGCCAACAAAUUAGCAUUUUUUGCCAAUAUCUCGUUUCUGGUGUAUGUACAGUUGCUACCAAAACGAGGCAAAAGGCCUUCAGAGCAGUAGUUUGUCCGUUCUACAUCGCUCCAUGGGAAGAUGUAUACCAAACCUUCAGUGUUUCCAGUAUUGUGAGAUGUCUGUAUGUACAGUAGUUGCCUUGAAUUGUAAACCAUUCCAAUCAGUACAGAUCUUUAUAUGGCUUUAUUUUGACAGUUCAGAAAUUUCAGUUCAAUGCAGACAUUACACAGACAGCAUAGCCCAGGCUGUCUGCUGUUCACCAACUCCCGGUCUUAGGAAAACAUUUGAUUGUGUUCAACAUGGAUGUAAGAAAGAUGGGGCCGACCCUAGCCACGCCGUAAGCACAUUUAUGUUGAGCUGUGGAUAAACACAUGCAGCUUCUACUGUGUGCCAAAAAGGUAUAUAUGUAAUAUGAGUAGAAAACCAUUUAAUCCCUGAAAUAAU